AUGCUGAGAAGGCCCAUUCCUAGUCUGCGUGGUGGUCUAUGUCGCCCGGCACCCUGGCUCUCUUCUGGCAUUUUCUGCCUCUGCCUCCCAUUCUUGUUGGGCCAGGUGGGCUUGCUGCAGGGACACCGCCAAUGUCUAGAUUACGGGCCCCCCUUCCAGCUCCCCCUGCACCUCGAGUUUUGCUCUGACUACAAGUCCUUUGGCUGCUGUGACCAGCACAAGGACCGCCGCAUUGCUGCCCGGUACCAGGACAUUCUGGAAUACUUAGAUCCGAAGAGCCAUGAGCUGUGUGGAGGUUACAUCAAAGACAUCCUUUGUCAGGUGUGCUCGCCCUACGCCGCGCACCUGUACGGCGCCCAGGACGCCCGCACGCCCCUGCGGCCCCUCCCCGGCCUGUGCGCCGACUACUGCUCUGCGUUCUUGUCCCGCUGCCCCGCGGCCACCUCCCUGCUGACCGGCGAUCACGGCCUCCGGGCGACCCGCGGCCAGGACAGUGCCACCUUCUGCCACCUGCUCCGCCUUCCGGACCAGGACUACUGCUUCCCCAACGUGCUGAGGAGCCACCGCCUGGCCCGCACCCCGGGGGCGGCGGCCACCGGCCCUCGGGGCUGCCUGCGACUCUGCCUGGCCGAGGUGGCCACCGGGCUGCGCAACCCCGUGUGCAUGGUCCACGCCGGGGACGGCACCCACCGCCGCUUCGUGGCCGAGCAGGUGGGCGCCGUGUGGGUCUACCUUCCCGACGGGAGCCGCCUGCAGCAGCCCUUCUUGGACCUCAAGGACACCGUUCUGACCACUCCGAGGAUCGGGGAUGAGAGGGGUUUCCUAGGGUUGGCUUUUCAUCCCAGAUUCCGCAGCAACCGCAAGUUCUACAUUUAUUAUUCAUGCCUGGGCAGGAAGAAGGUAGAAAAGAUCCGGAUUAGCGAGAUGCAGGUUUCCCGGGCUGAUCCCAACAAAGCCGACCCGAAAUCAGAGAGGGUCAUCUUGGAGAUAGAAGAACCGGCCUCAAAUCAUAACGGUGGGCAACUUCUUUUUGGCUUGGAUGACUACAUGUACAUAUUUACUGGGGAUGGAGGACAGGCUGGGGACCCCUUUGGCAAGUUUGGAAACGCUCAGAACAAAAGUUCCCUGCUGGGAAAAGUGUUAAGGAUCGAUGUGAAUGGGGCAGGCGCAGAUGGCAAGUGGUACCGAGUCCCCUCGGACAAUCCAUUUGUUUCUGAGCCAGGGGCCCACCCCGCCAUCUAUGCCUAUGGGGUCAGAAACAUGUGGCGCUGUGCUGUGGACCGAGGGGACCCCAUCACACGCCAGGGCCGUGGCCGAAUAUUCUGUGGGGAUGUGGGCCAGAACAAGUUUGAAGAAAUUGACCUCAUUGUUAAAGGUGGGAACUAUGGCUGGAGGGCAAAGGAAGGGUUUGAAUGUUACGACAAAGAACUUUGCCACAAUGCCUCUUUGGAUGACGUUCUGCCAAUCUACGCUUAUGGUCAUGCAGUGGGGAAGUCAGUCACUGGAGGAUAUGUCUACCGGGGGUGUGAAUCACCAAAUCUCAAUGGCCUCUACAUCUUUGGGGACUUCAUGAGUGGUCGACUUAUGGCUUUGCAGGAAGAUAGAGAAACCAAGAAAUGGAAGAAGCGGGACAUUUGCGUGGGCGGCACCACAUCCUGUGCCUUGCCAGGGCUGACCGGCACCUAUAGCAAGUUCAUCAUCUCCUUCGCCGAAGACGAAGCAGGGGAGCUGUAUUUCCUGGCCACCUCUUACCCAAGUGCCUACUCGCCACAUGGAUCUAUCUACAAAUUUGUGGACCCCUCAAGGAGAGCACCCCCAGGCAAGUGCAAACACAAGGCGGCGCCGGUGAAAACCAAGAGCAAGAGAAUCCAGUUCAGGCCAGUUGCCAAGACAGUCUUGGAGUUGCUAAAGGAGCAAUCGGAGAAAGGUGCUAGAAAAUUAUCCAAUGCAACCGUAGCGUCCAGCCCAGCCCAGGCUUCGUCCCAGAAAGGCUCGGCCAAGAAGCUGGCUUCUCCCACAAGCAGCAAGAAAACCUUGCAAGGACCUGUUCCAAAGAGGAGAGCCGGGAUGAGGUCCCCAGGCCCCCAGGGGAAGAAGAGGAAGAGCCUGAAAGGCCACAGUGGCAGGAUGAGGCAGCCGGCAGAGUAG